AUGCCCGGGGAACUGCUUCCGAUCCAAAAUGCAGCACCAAGUGCACCACUCCCUACCACACCAGGAAUACCAGCACCACUCCCUGCCACACCAGGCACACCAGCACCACAGUCCCCUGCAGCACCAGGCACAACCACACAAUCCCCUGCAGCACUACCCAUUGCCCCAGCUACAUUCGCACAGCUGCCUACAACCACACCUUCCCCUUCCCGUACCCUACGGUCCCCCGUGCCUGCGUCGCUCCCAAACGCUGCAGCUGGACCUGCUCUGCUCUUAUCCCCCACUUCAGCAGACACUGGGGGUGGUGCAGCUUGGCGGCUGCACCAGCAGCAGUGGGAGCUGCAGAAGGAUAACUUAAACCCGACACUUGACAUCCCCCUCCUGGCACUCCAUGCCCCUCUCUAUUCCCCCCUCUAUCUGGCCCUCUUUCUCCCUCCCUUUCUCCUUCCCGUCCUUCCUCCUGCCCUUCCUCCUGCCCUUCCAUCGUACCCUGCCGCCCCACACACUCCUGCCCAUCGCCACCCUGUUCGCCUGACAGGGCAAGCAUCAGAAGAUCCAACGCCCCAUACCCCCCUCUUCCCCGUCUCGCCCCAUACCACCCUCUCCCCCCUGCCCAUCCCCCAAAUCUACUGGCUGAUACAGGCUACCCCAGGUGUACCUCCCUCUGCACAUCCCCCCUCCAUGUUCCCUGAGCUGGCAGCACUAGCUCCCACGUCAGCAGACGAGGGCACUCGGGGCGUUGCAGGUACUGCUACAACCGCUGCAUCAGCUGUAGUUGCAUCAGGUAGAGCCACACCAGCAGCUACAUUUCCUCCUGCGACAGUCCCUUCUGCUGCAGUAUCUUCUGCUACAGCUCCACACUCGGCUUUCUUGGGAGAGCCAUCAGUGUGA